UGGGAUGCCAGGUCCACCAGGCUUUCCCGGAGCCCCUGGUCCAAAAGGAUAUGAUGGCCGUGAUGGUGCACCAGGUCUUCCAGGAAUCCCAGGAAUGAAAGGAGAACGUGGUGGUGAAUGUUCAAUUUGUUCACCUGGUGUCAAAGGCGAGAAGGGCCUUGCAGGUUAUCCAGGAUUACCUGGACCACAAGGUGAUCGUGGUCUACCCGGAAUGCCAGGAAUGGUUGGAGAUGCUGGCGAUGAUGGAAUGCCCGGAGCAGUUGGUCCAGCUGGCCCGCCUGGCUUGCCAGGAAGAGAUGGAUUACCUGGGGUACCUGGUCUAAAGUAUGCUCAAAUUUACUUAUUAUGUUUAGUUAAAUAUAAAUUAUGUUUAGUUAAAAUAAUAUAUAUAUUUUUAUCCACCUUCAGAGGUGAACCAACACAAUUGCGUCUUCGACCAGGCCCACCCGGAUAUCCAGGGCCUAAAGGAGAUGGUGGAUUUCCCGGACCGCCUGGGCCAGAAGGAUUGCCAGGAAAAGAAGGCGCACCCGGAUUUCCUGGAGCGCAGGGACCUGAAGGACAAAAGGCAUGUAAAAAUGAAUAUCUGUUUUAG